AAGAAAGAGGAGGGAAAGAGCAAGAGUCAUGCAUGCCAUAUUGAUCACUCUUCAGCUCUCUUAACUUCUCUUCUUCCAAAUAAUAUUGCUUUUAAUAGUUACUCGCAUACUUCUGAGUUGUGUCUCCUGCCCCCACUUCCCUCUAUUAUAAACUUGGUUAUUUUGUUCUUCCACGUACAAGACAACUCAUCUCACUUACGUAAUUCAUCGAGCACAUGAUGAACCCAUUUUCGUCGUCGUCAUCCAAGGCCAAAAAGAACCAAACGGCGACAACAAGCACAGCUGCAGAAAUGGCAACAACACAAGAGCAGAAACAUGAAACGGCAUGGGGAGGGAGGUACCUGGGUGUUCGGAGGAGGCCAUGGGGAAGAUACGCGGCGGAGAUCCGAGACCCUUCCACCAAAGAGAGGCAUUGGCUUGGCACCUUCGACACUGCUGAAGAAGCCGCGCUGGCCUACGACAGGGCAGCUCGGUCCAUGCGAGGCUCACGUGCCCGAACCAACUUCGUCUACUCCGAUACCCCCCCUGGUUCUUCUGUCACCUCCAUUAUCUCCCCCGAUGAACAAACCCACGAGAACCACGACUUCUCGUCUUUCUUCGACCAAAAUUCGCUCACCCAACAGUCCUACCCGAAUCCUCAACUCUCCGAAUGCAACCUCUCCGACAGUUUCAUAGCGUUUGCGGAUAGUAAUGCUUGGUCUUCACCUUCAUCCGGGGCUUAUAAUUAUCCACAACAUCAAGUUGCAGCGACGGAGGGCCACAACCUAACACAUUUCCAACAACUGUAUGAUGAUAGUAACACAGAGCUUCCUCCUUUGCCGCCAGAUAUUACGAGCUCCGCGGGAUACGAAAUGGGCAAUGAGUUUUACGGUAACGAAUUUGGGUACUCGGAGCAGAGCACCGUGACGGAAACAAGCGGGGGAUCGAGCUCGUACAUGGGUUUUGAUUCGGUUGACUACGUGCAUAGCCCGAUGUUCAGCACAAUGCCACCGGCGCCAGAUAAGGAGCCGGAGGGCUCUGAUUUGGGGAAUUCGUCUUAUUUCUUCCGAGGUUGACGAUUACGCUAAUUCAUUUUGUUUGUGUGUGUGUGGCUAAGAUUGUCGUUGAUAUGUAUACUGCCGUGAGUUUGUGUGAUACUGUGAUGCGAGGGAGGGAGGAGGGAGAUCGGCGAAGAUGAUGAUUUUGGUGUGUUUUUAGUCUGGGCUUUUGUAGGGCCUUUCUUUUAAAGCUGGUUUGCUGGGUUAUUAAUGAGCCCAAUUGUAUUUCAGGAAUAAUCCUUAUGUAUCAAAAAACUGAAUUACCAACCA